CUCGUUUUCGCCGCCGUUGCCUGACGAAGCCCCAAGCGUUUUGCUGUGUCCGAUACGUGUUGGCUUCUUCUUCGCCUUUCACUUCAUCCGAGUUGUUGUCGCCACAACAACAAACGCAACCCACACUCAGCGCACCACUGCCACCCUUCCCCUCGCUUCUCUGUGCUUGCUUCUUGCGUGGGGUUUGUUUGUUUGUGUUGGCGACCAGCCAGCCAGCGAUGCAGCGAUGCAGCAGGGAAUCGUCAGCGCACAAGCAGAAGCAACUGGAGCAACAACCCACAGCAGCAGCAUCAGCAGCAGCGACAAUGGCGUGCGAUGCUGUCCAGUUCAUUUUCACCCCGCUUCACAACCGACCAACAGUAACCAGCCUGUGACAACAAGCAACCAAGCUUCAAGCGAGCGAGCAAGCACGACUGCACCAACUGCAGCACCUUCCCUUCCCUUUACUUUCCCUUCCGUCCUUCUCGAACCACAACGAUGCCAGAGUGGUACUCUGUUGCAGGCACCCUGAUCGCUGCCGCUGGUGGCAUGGCGUGGGAUCCACAGGACCCGCGCGGACGCCUUCACGUCGUCAAGGACGAGCAUGCGUUGGUUGCCAGGUUCCAGGCCGUGCCCGCAGGCACCUACGAAAUCAAGGUGUGCAGGAACGGCUCAUGGGAGCAGAGCUGGGGCCGCGAUGCGCUCGAUCAGCCCGGCUGCCCAAAUGUCGUCAUCCAAGUCGCUGAAACAUCGGACGUCUGCGUGUUCUUUGACGCCGCUACACACAUCAUCUCCUUUGAGGUUGGCUGUGAGGUGCUUGCUGACCAGCCAGCGACCUUGCAAGUGGCAUCGCCAGCCAAGUACGGCAUGGGCGAUGGCGAUGAUGACGACGAAGAAGAGGAGAAGGACGUCGAUCAAGACGCCGAGCGCGCCGACACGGUACAAGGCGAGCAAGACGAGGAUGAGAUGCAGCACAGCGACGCGAAUGACAGCGCCUACAGUGUUGCUUCCUCCUCGCUCGAUGCAUCUGUACAGCACGCGCAGCCAGAGGUGACGGUGCCGGCGGUGGCAGAGGCCUCGUGCUUCGACAGCGUUGUUGCCGCCAUCAAGAACACCUGCCUCAAGCCCAUCCUCGGCUAGUGUGUGUGUGUGUGUGUGCAUGUGUGUGUAUGUGUGUGCAUGUGUGUGUGUGUGUGUGCAUGUGUGGCUGUGUAAUGUAAUCCUCUUGUCACGCGCUGUUGCGCUCUGUGGUUUGUCCUACUUGCUCCCAGCUCCUUCCCUGUUCUUGUGUUAGCUCUCUCUUCCCUGUUAUCUGUCCCUUCGCUUGUCUCUGCCAUGCGUCAGAAAGGCUUCAAGCCCUCUCCCAAUCAAUCCCAGCAAUACAUUGCUUCAAUGUGCC